CCAUCGCCACCGCCCGUCCCAAUGUGUUUCCCGGCGCGUUGCUGCUGCUGUCGCGGCUUUUCUGUGGAGGUGUGUGUCAAAAAUAAAAAGAAGUACACUUCUAACGUCGUUGUGAUUUCACUAAAUAGCAAGAGUGCUUUCCCUGCCUUAGAGAAAGAACAUGCUUGAAGAACUAAUAAUUCAUCAGCCAGAUGAUCCCAUUCAGUUUAUGAUAAACCAUUUAAAGCAAAACAAUGAUGAUGCUCCAAGAAUUUGUGUACUUGGUCCACCUGCUUCUGGGAAAACGACAGUUGCACUGUGGCUUUGUAAACGUUUGGAUGCUAUACGUAUCUCUCAGGAGACUUUGUUAUUCAAAGAAGCAUUAGCGCUGACAGUGGAAGCAAGGGCAUAUAAAGCAAGGAAAGAGAAAAUUCCCAAUGCACUUUGGGCCAAUCUGAUCCAGGAACGUCUGUCAAACGUGGACUGCAUCAAACAAGGAUGGAUUUUGGAAGGCUUCCCUGAAAAUCGGGAACAGGCAUGGAUGCUGCAGUCAUCUGGCGUCAUUCCUAGGCAUGUCGUUGUGCUUUAUGCUCCAGACGCUGUGCUGAUUGAGAGGAACAGUGGGAAAAGGAUUGAUCCCAACACAGAAGAGGUGUACCAUACGACCUUUGACUGGCCACGUGAUAUGCUGAUACAGGAACGUUUGGUGAAACCAGAAGAUCCAUCUGAACAGGAGAUAUCAAAGAAACUGCUGGAAUAUCACAGAAACUUCCCUGGGAUUUUCCAGAUCUACCAAAAAAUUCUGAAAUCAAUCAAUGCAGACCAGCCUUCUAUGGAUGUCCUCUCACAGGUCCUUACCUAUGUCCAAACACGGCACAGAUCAGCUGCCCCCUUUACACCACGGAUUGUCUUCUUUGGACCCCCAGGCAGUGGGAAGAGUCUUCAGGCAGCGCUAUUAGCUCAGAAAUACAGUGUUGUCAACAUUUGCUGUGGGCAACUGCUAAAGGAAAUUGUUGCAGGCAAGACAAAACUUGGGGAACUCAUUAAGACUUACAUUGACAGUGGAUAUCCAGUCCCAGAUGAGCUUGUGAUGAAGAUCCUGACGGAACGCUUAAGUGCACUAGACUGCAUGACCAAUGGAUGGGUGCUUUAUGGCUUCCCAAGAGAUGUGGAGCAGGGAGAACAACUGCAAGAAUCUCAUUUUGUUCCAAACAGCAGAUGGAAGGGGAGAUCGGAUGAACGGUGGCAGUACAGAGCGCCUUGGGCAAUGGAAGAAGGAAAAAAAGGGUAUUUUUCUUUAAUCUCCCCUAUGAAUCCAUUGUGGAACGACUGUCUCAGCGAAGGAUUGAUCCCGUCACUGGGGAAAGAUACCACACUACAUUCAGACCAGCACCCACACCAGAGAUCCAAGCCCGUCUCAGACAGAACCCUCGAGACAAGGAAGAAAAUAUUGAGAUGUGCGUGGAAAGCUAUUACAGGAAUAUCAAGGAACUGGAAGAUUUUUAUGAAGAUGCCUUUUAUGUCAAUGCUGACCAAGACCCUUUUGCUGUCUUUGAGUUUAUAGAAAGCUGUAUCAUUACGCCCCUUCCAUGCAAAAAAUUUAAAAGCUCAUAAUUAAUAUGGAUGAUUGCUUGAACUGUUGAUUUUAAAUUUUUCCCUGUAGCGUUUGCAGUCUGGUCACUGAAGUGGCACAUUAUCACAGGUGGAGAGGAAGGCAGCCGAGCCAUGUUGAAUUUGAAGCUCACCAAGGCUGACUGAAGUACAGAGAGUAAGAAAUUGUGCUUAGGGGAAACUUUUUUGACUUCUAUUUUGUGAUCCAAGGUAUGAAGCGCUGUGGGGAGGGAAGUUCCUGUGUUUAAUUCAAAUAUAUUUUUCCGAUUCUGUAAUUCAGUGAAUAGUAAUUUUGUUUUAAUUGUGUAAUAUAUGUGAAGCCAACUGGAGUGUUAAAGCUAUGAAA